CCUUCUCCUUGUUUUACUAUUUGUCUAUAUAGCUCCAUGUGACUUUUGUUUUGCUGCCGCGCCGCGUCUGUGGCCGCGUCCUGUCGCUCGCGUGUGCUUCUCCGACCAAUGCCCCGUCGAAGCCAAUGCAAAUUUUUAACGAAGCCAGGCGGUUUUUAAUGCAUAAACCAUGCUCGAGUGCUGUUUGACUUCGUGCGAGCAGCGGGGACGUGUGGAUGGCUACGGAAACAAGGUGUCUUACCACGCUCUACCCAAGAACUCCCGCCGCCGCAAGCUGUGGUUAGCUGCCCUUGGAGAGAAGCCCCCUUCAAACUGGACCAAAGCACGAAUCUGCUCUGGGCACUUCAGGGAUGAGGACUUUGUGCCCACUGUUCAGAAUGGCCGCAGACUUCUCCCUACUGCGGUACCCCAUGUGUGCCUCUUCAAAGCACAUGGUGAUGGUGCCAUUAAGUGCUACCUAGAUGAAUCGACGUCACCCAGUCCGGAUCCAAAGUCACCCGAGCAGAGAGAUGAGGCGCAGGCUCCUUGUCCUAAGGAUGAGGAGAUUGCACACCUCAAACGCCAGCUGCAGGCUUCCGACGUGAUCAUCGAAAACCUUCAGCAGCAGGACUCCUUUCUUGAGCAGGGGUGGCUGGCGAAAGUGUUGGCCCUUCUGAAAGGCCAAAUUCUAGUCCAAGACCUUGAAGGCGACGACUUGAACGUUGCACAGGCGUCUGCACGCUAG